UGGAGCAGCAUGUUGCAGGUUGUGUAUGCUGUACGUUAAUAUGGUCUCUCAUCAUUAACGUUGUAUGAUAUUGACAUGCAAUAAAGCGUUAAUGACAGCACCAUGAGGACUCUUCUGAGGCUGAAGCGGCAGAUACCAGAAGUGCUUUGGAGGAAUUGGACGAAACGAUCAUGCUCAAACUCCUCCAUCAACAAAUCCAUCCUUAAACAUCUCACAUCUAAAAUCAUUGCCACGGGUCCAAUUUCAGUGGCUGAAUACAUGAGGGAAGCACUCACCAAUCCAGUGUUGGGAUAUUAUGUGAAAAAUGACAUGCUUGGAGCAGGUGGUGAUUUUAUUACGUCACCAGAAAUUAGUCAGAUUUUUGGCGAGCUUUUGGGAGUUUGGUGUAUCAGUGAGUGGAUGGCGGCUGGGAAAUCCAGUGCGCUUCAGUUAGUGGAGCUCGGACCAGGUAGAGGUUCAUUGACCAGUGACAUCCUGAGGGUCUGCAGUCAGUUGAAAGGUGUCCUGGGCGAGACUGGGAUCUCCAUUCAUCUUGUGGAGGUCAGCCCAAAGUUAAGCCAAGUUCAGGCUGAAUGUCUUACUGGAAAUCAGACGCAGACAUAUAACAAUGAUCACACUUUUUACCGCAGUGGCACUUCAUGUACAGGCCUGCCUAUAUACUGGUAUCACAGGAUAGAGGAUGUUCCAAGAGGUUUCAGCAUUUUUCUUGCCCAUGAGUUUUUUGACGCUUUACCCAUUCACAAGUUUCAGAGAACAGAGAAUGGCUGGCGGGAGCUACUGGUUGAUAUUGAUCCUGAAAACCCAGGAAAACUGAGAUUUGUGGUUUCUCACCGUCCUACCCUAGCCUCCAGCACUCUUAUACAGAAAGAUGAAAGCAGACGGCAUGUGGAAGUGUGUGCUGAGGGUGGAGUCAUUGUUCAGAAGCUGGCCAGUCGGAUUGCAGAGGACGGAGGCGCAGCCUUAAUUGUAGACUAUGGGCAUGAUGGGACAAAAACUGACACUUUCAGAGGCUUUAAAGGCCAUCAAAUCCAUGAUGUCUUGGAGGCACCUGGCUUGGCAGAUUUGACUGCAGAUGUGGACUUCAGUUACCUGAGGAAAAUGACAGGAGACCAGGUGACCUGCUUGGGACCCAUCACACAAAGAUCUUUCUUGAAAAACAUGGGCAUUGACUCCCGUAUGCAGGUUCUACUGAGGAGCAGUAAUGACCCGUCCGUCAGAGCACAGCUCAUCCACAGCUAUGACAUGCUUAUUAACCCUGAGAAAAUGGGUGACAGGUUCCAGUUUUUCUCUGUGCUCAACACAGCUCGGCUGGCUCAGAGAGAACAAAGGCAGAAGAGUACAGGAAUGCCUGUGGCAGGAUUUACUGAGCUGGAGAUGCAUUGAAAAGAUGUUCUGCUGCAAAUGUACAUGGAACGUACUGAUUUUCUGGUUUGUCAAAUAUAUAUAUACAUACACAC